CUUGCAGACAGGACAGGGAGCAGUGGGGAAGAUUUGCCGGCGCGCUUUAAAGCAGAGCGGCCGUGGGCUGAGGCAGAGCUGUGCUGUCCUGGUUCCCCGCACCCGCUGCCCUGGGACGCGGAGCACCUGCUAGGGAGAGCUCUGCAGUGGAGACCCUGCCCGGCCCACACUGGCGCUGCCAGCCGUCUGCCAGGCCAGGAAGCUGCCCUCGCACGCGGACCAGGUGCCGUCCCCGGAGAGCAUGGCGCAUGGCAGGUGGAUGCCCUGGCUGCCCGUCCUUGUGGUGUCCCUGGUGCAUUCAGCCAGCGCGGAGUACUCCAGCUGUGGCGAGGACGAGUUCUACAACCAGACCACUGGGCUGUGUCAGCUGUGCCCGCCCUGCGGGCCGGGCGAGGAGCCCUACAUGUCCUGCGGCUAUGGCACCAAGGACGAGGACUAUGGCUGUGUGCCCUGCCCUGCCGAGAAGUUCUCCAAAGGGGGUUACCAGAUCUGCAGGCGCCACAAGGAUUGUGAGGGCUUCUUCCGGGCCACGGUGCUGACACCUGGGGACAUGGAGAAUGAUGCCGAGUGUGGGCCGUGCCUCCCUGGCUACUACAUGCUGGAAAACAGACCCAGGAACAUCUACGGCAUGGUCUGCUACUCCUGCCUCCUGGCGCCCCCCAACACCAAGGAAUGUGCAGGAGUCUCCUCGGGGGUCUCUGCCAACUCUCCCCGCACCUCUGGGGGCAGCACCCUGCCCCCCUCGCAGCACGCCCACAAAGAGCUCUCCAGCCAAGGGCACCUGGCCACCGCGCUGAUCAUCGCCAUGUCCACCAUCUUCAUCAUGGCCGUGGCCAUCGUCCUCAUCAUCAUGUUCUACAUCAUGAAGACCCGGCCCUCUGCCCCAGCCUGCUGCAGCAGCCCCCCAGGGAAGAGUGUGGAUGCCCCUGCGAGCCAGGAUGUGGAGAAGAAGGAGGCCCCAGAUGGCGUGGUGAUCUUCUCUGAGAAAGAUGACUUUGAGAAGCUGACAGCAACCCCAGCGAAGACCACCAAGAGUGAGAAUGACGCCUCAUCGGAGAACGAGCAGCUGCUGAGCCGGAGCGUGGACAGUGACGAGGAGCCAGCACCUGACAAGCAGGGCUCCCCAGAGCUGUGCCUGCUGUCCCUAGUGCACCUGGCCAGGGAGAAGCCGGCCCCCAGCAGCAAGUCGGCCGGGAUCCAAAGCCGAAGGAAGAAGAUCCUAGACGUGUAUGCCAACGUGUGUGGCGUUGUGGAAGGCCUCAGCCCCACGGAGCUGCCCUUCGACUGCCUGGAGAAGACCAGCCGCAUGCUCAGCUCCACAUACAACUCCGAGAAGGCCGUGGUGAAGACCUGGCGCCACCUGGCAGAGAGCUUCGGGUUGAAGCGGGACGAGAUCGGCGGCAUGACAGACGGCAUGCAGCUCUUUGACCGCAUCAGCACGGCGGGCUACAGCAUCCCCGAGCUGCUCACGAAGCUGGUGCAGAUCGAGAGGCUGGACGCUGUGGAGUCACUGUGCGCAGACAUCGUGGAGUGGGCGGGGGUCGCACCCCCUGCCUCCCCACCCCCAGCUGCUGCGUCCUGAGGGUGCCAGGGAUGUCCCAUCCUACCCGCAGGAGCUGGGGUCUCCGGGCCUUUGCAGGUGUGGAAUCCAAGCUUCUGCUGGGUCACCAUGCACCUUACAGGAAGCAGCCCUGCCUCCUGUCCCACCCAAGGUGAAGGCUGAGCGGAUCUCCAGGCCCAGCUUCCCGGGCACAGGGAUUUUAUCCACUGACCGCCAUGAAUUCACCCAAUGGAUGCCUGGGACCAGGGAGCCAGAUCCUGUGGAGCAACAGGUCUCUAAAGAGUGGAAGCUUAGCAGCAGGCAGAGACAGAGGGGACCAAGGAGCAGCGUGAGGAGGGGAGGGAGCCACGGAUGCGUUCCAGCCCUUAGAGGGUGUGAGGGCUGCCCGGGAGAGGAAGGUGGCGGCUGUGUGGCAAACCUGUUAGGAUGCAGUGCCCCAGGCUCCCUGGACGGAGCCUCGCUGUGUGCUGCUGUCACCCACACGCAAGGCCAGUGUGCUGCGACCAGACGUGUACGGCACCCGGCUCCACUGACACGCGAGUCCCAGGCCUGAGACACUAGAGAAUGGCCUCAUGGUCUCAGGCAGAUGCCAGUGCCCCAGCACACACGUACCGGGCCGUGCUUCUGCUUGACACAGAUCUGAGAGGGGGCCGCUAGACUGCAGGGGUGUCAGAGUGGCUGAGGCCCAUGGCCCAAGGGUUUCAGACUCUCCUGGGCUGGUGUCCCAGCCCCUUCUUCCCCUCCGCGGCCCUAGAGAGCUCGACCUUUGAUGCGGUUAGGAGAGUGUCAGGUGAGCGGAGAAAGCAGCAGAAAAGCAGCCCAGGGGCUCCGCGCAGUGUGGACAGCGCAGGCCGGCAAGAAAAUGGCAACGGACAGGACGCGGCUGGCUUCUUCCCGGUACCCGCAAGCUGGGGACAGAGCUGCUGCCCGGCACAGCUCCCGCAGACCCACACCACUGCGCUGACGCCGGGUGAAACCAGUCCUGACCCAGAUGAUUUCAUAACUCUGAGCACCACGAGGGAGGACACGCGUGGGGCUCCGCGACGCGAGAAGCAGCCUCCCACCACGGGGCGCAGGGGACGCCACGGGGAUGGCGGUCGGGGCUGGACAGUUACUGUCAUCACCGGCAGUCCUGCUAUGGCUGUGUCCCAAAACCCAUGCAGCAACCCUGCGCUCUGCCGGCUAAGGGUCCCAUGGCGACGGCUAGUUGUCCUUCUCAUUCCUCUCGGGAGCCCUGCCGUGCCCCUGGUGUUGGUGCUGGCAAACUGUCACCCCCACCUGUGAUUAGACAUACCGGUCACAGGUGAGCAGUGUGCAGGGGCAGGGCGGGGCCGCCACCCCAUCAGGCGCCAUCCAAGGGAGCCAGCAGUCCAGAGCCCCGCCUCCACGUCAGUUACUUACGUGAAACACCCAAGGAAGGCUUGUGCCUCUGGGAUUCUGAACUACGAGUCUGACCUCCAAGGCCUCCACCAGGCUACAUGGUGUGAGACAGUCGCUACUUUACAGUACCAAAACACGUUCAGGAAGCACUCCCGGCAAGGCCAGGGGCCUCGGCGAGUGAAGUCUUAAUUGUGAAUAUAUCUACCUGAUUCUGUGUAAUUUAUUACUAUUUUAUAAUCUCAGUAAACACAUGAAUGAAACAGA